UCACUUAGUUUUUUUUACGAGCGGGCAGCGGCUUCUAAAGUUUAAACUUUAUUCCACGUUAUUGCAACUUAUCCAAAUUAGCAGCGUGUCUUCAAUAAUUAAGACCGCACACAAUCUUGUAUUUAGACUUGUAUUCAGCCCGAAACGAUAAGCCAGUGAGACCCUACUAAAAUGGCUGCUCCAAUCAAAGUUGUCGUAACGGGAGCUGCUGGCCAAAUAGCCUACUCCUUAUUGUAUCAAAUCGCAUCUGGGACUGUUUUCGGUCCGGACCAACCGGUUUACCUUCACCUCCUCGAUAUUGCCCCCAUGAUGGGUGUGCUCGAGGGUGUUGUAAUGGAACUGGCUGACUGCGCUCUUCCCCUACUUGCUGGAGUAUUACCAACAGCUAGUCCUCUGGAAGCUUUCAAAGAUGUCGCUGCGGCGUUUUUGGUUGGGGCCAUGCCCAGGAGAGAGGGUAUGGAGAGGAAGGAUUUGCUGUCAGCUAAUGUACGCAUCUUCAAAGAACAGGGUGAAGCACUCGACAAAGUUGCACGCAAGGAUGUUAAGGUCUUAGUCGUUGGAAACCCGGCAAAUACUAAUGCUUACAUCUGCUCUAAAUAUGCUCCAUCAAUUCCCAAAGAGAACUUCACUGCUAUGACUCGUCUGGACCAAAAUCGUGCUCAAUCUCAAUUGGCUGCUAAACUCGGUGUACCUGUUCAGGAUGUCAAGAAUGUAGUCAUCUGGGGUAAUCACUCCUCAACCCAAUUCCCAGAUGCGUCCAAUGCUAAAGUAAAGAAAGGUGGUGCUGAACACUCAGUGCCUGCUGCUAUUAAUGAUGAGGAAUUUUUGAAAACAACCUUCGUUAGCACAGUACAAAAACGUGGAGCUGCUGUUAUUGCUGCCAGAAAAAUGUCAUCUGCUCUAUCUGCUGCCAAAGCCGCUUCUGAUCAUAUGAGAGAUUGGUUCUUGGGAACAGGGGACCGUUGGGUUAGCAUGGGAGUAAUUUCUGAUGGCUCGUAUGGUACACCUCAAGAUAUUGUAUUCUCAUUCCCCGUAACGAUCAGCAAUGGAAAAUGGAAGAUUGUACAAGGUUUGACCAUUACCGAUUUUGCUCGUGAAAAACUUGAUAUUACAGCUAAGGAGCUGGUUGAGGAAAAGCAAGAUGCCAUCAGUGUAUGCAAAGAUUAACUGGUUAAAUUAUAACUAACUACUUUUGUAUAGAUUUGUAAUAUAGAAAACUUUUGUUGAUAUUAUUGGCAAUAAAAUUUUCAUGUUGUAAA